CUGCCUCCUGGCUUGAAUCUCCACGUUCUGUUCACUCUCCUACCAUGCACUCUGAGCCUCGACUUUCAUCGUUCUAAGUUCAUCCUGUUUUCAAUGAGGGUGGAGACUGCGCCCCUUUGCGGGGCUGUCCGGAUCGACGUUAUUGCUUAAAUAGUCCGAUGGGGUGCUUUGAUCGGAGAGGUUGAAGUGGACUUUAAAUCGUCAGAACAACGAUGACGACGAGAUCGAAGGACAAGGUUGUCGCAGCAUUCAGGAAGUUGUUCCGCACCUCAGAGAAGAUCAGUGAACAGGACGGGGCGAGUGGCGGUCCGACAAACUCCCCGUCGCGUCAUUUGCUGAGUCGCCAUCAUCGGCCGGACGUUGUUACGCCGUCGAAUUCGGGACCGCAGGAGAUGCCAGGUUGCAGCAGCCACUCGAGCAGCUUUUUUUUCAAAGCGAAAAAGUCUGGGGCUAGCUGCUCGCAGACAGCAGUUACCGCCGUUCCGGAACGUGGCGUGCGGUUGCGACGUCUGAUGAAAGAGCUCAGCGAGGUUCAGAGGCUUCAGCAUCGACGGGAUGCCGCCUUCAGCGCUGAGUUGGUGAACGACAACCUCUUCGAGUGGCACGUUAGGCUGCACAAAGUCGAUCCCGAGAGUGAAUUGGCCGCAGAUAUGCGUGAGCUUGAAGUGCCCUACAUAUUGCUCCACGUUAUAUUUCCCGAAAACUUUCCGUUCGCUCCACCCUUCAUGAGGGUCAUUUCACCCCGUAUCGACAAGGGAUUUGUCAUGGAAGGAGGCGCCAUUUGUAUGGAACUUCUAACUCCCCGAGGGUGGGCCAGCGCCUACACCAUAGAGGCUGUAAUCACCCAGUUUGCCGCUAGUAUCGUUAAGGGUCAGGGGCGCAUCGCGAGGAAGACGAAAAGCCAUAAAGAAUUCAACCGAAGAUCGGCCGAGGAGUCUUUCAGAAGUCUUGUUAAAACACAUGAAAAAUAUGGUUGGGUUACACCUCCGUUAGCCGAGGGCUAAAUCCCUCGUCUUAUACUGCUCAAUUUGAAGUUGUCAUAACGUUUCUAAUCCGUACAAAUACAUCGUGAUCGCGAAAUAUUUUUGUUACGUUCCAUAUCUCAUACGUUUUUUUACUCAAUUAUUACAACAUGCUUAUGUGAAGUGAAUUCAUAAUUAUAAUGAAUACGCAAAUUGCAGUAUGUAUUAUAAUUCAUAGAUUAUGCAAUACAGUGGAUGAAAGAAGAGACGGCAAAAACUUUAUCCAUUUUACUAGUUACACAUCAUUGUGAUUUCCGUUUUGGUUCUUCGCUAGAUUAUUUUCGAUGUACUAAAAAAUCAUAUCUACAGUAAGGUACAUGUUUUACAAGAUUGUAGACUGUUCCCGUUACUAAUCCGAUUCCGUACUACGUCUCAAGAGGAAACUGUUCCCGUUCCUAUGAUAAUUAUUGGGAUCCUUAAUAUGGGCACGGUUAGGGAAAUAUGGCGUCGGAAGUGUCAAUCAGCUGAUCGUUUUAGGUAAAUUUAAUAAUAAUACGGCGCAUAAGACAUCGUGCGAACUCUCAAACUCUCAUUUUGUGAUAUGCAGUUAGUGUAGGGUAAAGUUCGGGAUAAAAAAUCAUUUUUAUAAUUAAAUACGACGGCCAUGAAGGUGAACGCCAUAUUUACUGUCACACGAUCGUGUCUCUUGGAUUUAGGGAUCCCGAGCGCAGUUACACAAAUUUCGGAAUAUAGUACUUCGGAAACAUAUUUAAGUAUAAAUUACAUUCACACGAAUAUGUAAUAUUGAUAAUUGGGAAGUGGCAACAAUUGUUUUCGAACGAUUGCACGCUUUCCUUGUUUUUAUAUGUAUUUAACCGUUACAUAAAUUGUUAAAGAAAAUGUUUAGGCACCUCUGUUUAUAUAAAUCUCUCUAGUCAUGUAAUAUUUCUCUAAAUAUCACUGUUCUAUAUGUGCCAAAUAAAUAUUAUUAUACCCGUC